ACGAUGGGUGCAUUUCGAUCUGCAAGCUCUUCCCUUUCCUCGGAUCUUGCAUCCUCGUAAGCUUUACGAUCCUGAUGCGCAUCACUAUUCAUGUCUGCGUUGGUCUUUUGCAGGAGCGGAGGAACUCGGGGUCUGUUGCACAGCAGCGCCCAACAGCGCCGGGAGGACCAAAGCGCCGGCGACCGUCACAACGCGGCGUCGGCGGCGGCGGUCACCGCGGUGCAGGUGGAGGCGUCGCUGAACCGCAAGAACGUGGAGGUGGUGCAGGGGGACCGGUCCGCGACGCUGCUCCCCGACGAGGCGGCCGACGCGCUGGGCGGCGUGGGCGCCGAGGAGGCCGCCGACGCCUGGGUGCCCGACCAGGAGACGGGGGUCUUCGUCCCCGCCGAGGAGGCCGCCGACGCCUGGGUGCCCGACCAGGAGACGGGGGUCUUCGUCCCCGCCGAGGAGGCCGCCGGCAACGGCAACGGCGGCCCGCACGAGCAGCCUGCUGGGCCGUCGGUGCUGGACCAGGCGGUGUUCGUGCGCGAGGACAUGGAGGACGUCGAGAGGCCCCCCGUCGACAUGGCCAGCGCCCACGGCGGCGCCAAGUGAACAACCCCACCAUGCGCGCCGCCGGCGACGACCGUGUAGGCUCUCACCCCGGACGAUAGCUGUAGGCCUGUAGCAAAUAAGCUUUCUGAUGAUGGAAUAAACCGUGUCUCCUCUUUCUAGAACGUUCCACAGGUUACCAGUUCAGAGCUCCAAGAGUUCGCAUCUCAAGUUCUUUGGCAAUGGCAACUUCAGUAACCUGCACACAUUCCAGUGUAGUCUGUGUCACCUGUGAAGGCACUGUAUCUGUACCCGGUA